ACAAAACCCUUGCAAUUCAAAUUCUAUCCAUAGCCAUCAAAUUGAGCUAUCAGGAUUUGAGCGAUUCUCGAAUCAAAAUCAUGGAUUGAGAUACGUCAUCAAACUUUAUUGCCUUCAUCAUUAGUAGUGAUGCUUCGACCAAUUUUGCACGCAAAAAUCAACAAAACUCGCUUAGGAUACAAAUUAGGUCCUGGGAACACAGAAGAAGAGCAUAACAAUCAGGAUGACAAACAUUAUAAAAUGCAGGAUGGUGAUGUUUGGGAGAAUUGGAAAGGAACUUGCUGUUCAAGGCACAGAAUCUCUGCAGCUAUCAUCAGCUCGGCAUCUGUGUACCUUCACACCUGCACUAGCCACACUGAGGACCUCCCAUGGCCAUAGAAAUUCCCUUGUCAAGCUCCACCAGACCAGCCACAGUGCAGCAUUUAGUGGUACCCUCGCCACUCUCCCCCUACCCUCCUCCCAGCCUCCCCCGACCGUGUGGACCCGCGGUCUGCACGCCUCCCGGGCGCGGCUCGACGACGACCGCGAGCCCCCGCCGGCGCAGCUGAACCAGCGGCAGCGGCUGCGGCUGGCCGUCCGCGACUACGGCGCCACCGUGGUCGUGUUUCACGUCACCAUCUCACUGGCCUCGCUCGGGUUCUUCUAUGUGGCCGUGAAAAGCGGUCUUGACGUGGUGGCCAUGCUGCGCUGGCUCGGCCUCGGCGACAGUAUCGCCCAGAGCAAGAUCGUCACCGGCGGCAGCACGUUCGUGCUCGCCUACGCCGUUCACAAGGUGUUCGCCCCGGCGCGGAUCGCCACCACUCUCGGGUGCACGCCGUUCAUCGUGCGCUAUCUGCGACGGAGAGGUCUGCUGCGCUCGCCACCGCCGCGUGUCGAUUGAGCGACGACAGGGAGCGCGCACUGCCCGCUGCCCGUCGUCUCGCCGCUCUCCUCUGCCGAGCCUUUGAGGCCGCAGAAGCCGGUAUCAUCGUCGCAGCUCGCUGCUCUAGUGAGCUCGGAGCCGGUCGUGAAUGCGGCACUCUUCUUCCCGUAUGGCUGCACGGCCUGCGCGCUGGUAAGACUGGCUAUCAUAUCCAGGCUAGUUGCGUUGGGCGCUGGAGAGACACAAUUGAAGACGUACUGUGGGGGUGCCACAGUUAUUUUCUACAUGUUCAACUGCAAGAUGGGAACGAUAAAUGACGGCGACGGUGGCGGUGGGGUUUAUAUUAUUAUUCAUAUCUGGUUGAUUCAGUUGUCAUAUCCACCUAUAGCAUCGACAUCGAUUUAUGUGUGAUUUCCUCGACACUUUCUUCCGAUACGAUAUCUCCGUUUAGCAUAGUGGAGCAGAAGCAUUGCCAAAGAUUAAGAUGGCUCUUUAUGGUAAUUUGUGUCCUCGAGUGCCCUAAGUACUACGGUUUGUUUUGGAUUUUCAGCUUUUGAUCGAUAUGCCAUUCGCAGUAUUGCCCGGGCAGUGUAGUAGCAUUCAGGAGGAACACCUUGACUAAAUAUGCUAGAGUUAUCACUGGCGAUUCGAGUGGUGGCUGUGUAGCUUGUGAUCGUUUUGAUAUCGUUGUAAUAUACUGCAAUGAAGCUUA